AUGGGAAUUUUACUACCACGCAAAGCCAAGAAGACUAAGAAGUCAAAGAAAGAUGAGCCUACUUCUCUUGCGAAGAAAGCGAAGAGUUCAAUCUCAUCCAAAUCCACAAAGCAGAUGUCAGAAACUGUUGCUAUGGCAGUCGAAGCAACAAUAGUGAUUACACCAGUUGUGGAAGAGUCACAAGAAGAUGUGGUGAUUCCUUCGAAAAUAGGGAUGUUUCGAAGAAUCAAGAUGAAAUCCAAGCACAAACGCAAAUCUUCAUCUAUGAAACUGCUUCACAAACCUCAACUUUCUUUUCAAGGUGUAAUGUUUCGUGAGGUUCCGGUUCCUGUUUCUCCUGCAUCCAAGAAAAGGGCAGCCGAAGAUAUGGCUAAACAUUUAUCCCAACUAACAAAGAAGAAGACGAAGAAGUCUAGGAAGAUUGUUUUAUCAAAUGAGUCUACUGAAGAAGAUGAGCGAGUACCAGAAACUCCAGAGACCACUAUUCUUACAAGCUCAAUUCCAGAGACCACGGUCAUAUUCACCCCUGAAGUUUCGAUUGCCAAUUCACUUGUUGAGGAGGUACGAACUUCAGGCUUGGGUGAAAAUGUUUCGAAGGAUGCAGCUCAAGGCUCUGUUAUCUAUACUCCUUUUGAAACUUUCAUUUCUGUUCCACCAACAUCAACCAUUCAUUCUACUUCAACUACUAUAUAUGUAACCUUUGAACACAUCCUCAAUCACCCAAUCACUUCCAUGUUCUCUUCUCAAUCAACUGAAACCCCUAAACCAACUUCACCCACUGAAACUGAUCAUGAAGGGUUUGGAGGAACAUUUGAAGACUUGGAAUUUCAAGAUGAAGAACAAGAUUUCCCUGAUCACAUGCUCAUGAUGAUGAAACAAUACAAGAUCUUGAAUAAAAAGUUGAACUCCAUUAUUCAAUCCCAAGCUGAUCUUGGAGGAGGUUCAUCAAUUUCUAGUCUGGAGGUUGAUUCAAUGCUAAAGAUGUGCGAAUCCAGAAUAAUUGCCAAAGUAUUAGGGAUGUUGAAGGCUUCAGAGAUUGUGCUUAUGGAGAAGAUUGAUUAUUCAGAUGAAAACACUGAGCUACAUCUUAAAAAUCAAAGAAAUGAUUUUCUGGGGGAAGUGAAAGAUUUAAGAAGUAUAGCAAAAGAAAGACAUGUUCUUUUUGUCCAUGAGGUUAAGAAGGUGAGAGAGGAUGUGAAUUUGAAAAUUCAAGAGCCUCAUGAACAAAUGAAUAGAGAAAUUAUAUAUCUGUUCAACAUGAUUAUGCGUCCUUACAUCAGAAGGAGUGGUGAAGCUGUUGAAAGCGCUGAAGGAGAUAUCUACAAAACCAAUUUCAUCUCCAUUGAUUACUCUUGA